CCGCCCCGGGCUCUGCCCCGGCCGGCCGGCGGCCAUGGCCACCCGGCGUCUAACGGACGCGUUCUUGUUGUUGCGGAACAACGCGGUGCAGAGCCGGCAGCUGCUGGCCGAGCAAGUGAGUAGUUACGGCUCCUCCAGCCCUCUGGGGCCACGUAGCAUGGCUGCUGCGGAGCUGGAUGAGCUUGCUGAUGAUCGUAUGGCACUGGUGUCAGGAAUAAGUUUAGAUCCUGAAGCAGCAAUUGGUGUAACAAAGCGCUUACCUCCCAAAUGGGUUGAUGGAGCAGAAGAAAUUCAAUAUGAUAUCGCCAGGGUUAAACAGAAGAUGAAAGAAUUAGCCAGUCUUCAUGAUAAACAUCUAAACAGACCAACAUUGGAUGACAGCAGUGAAGAAGAACAUGCAAUAGAAAUAACCACUCAAGAGAUAACACAGUUAUUUCACAGGUGUCAGAGAGCAGUCCAAGUCUUGCAGAGCAGGUCACGCAGUUGUACAGAACAAGAACAACGUGUUCUCAGGAAUGUAGUGUCUUCCUUAGCACAGUCCCUUCAGGACCUAUCCACCAACUUUAGGCAUGCACAGUCUGACUAUCUAAAACGCAUGAAGAACAGAGAAGAAAGAUCCAAGCACUUUUUUGACACAUCCGUUCCACUUAUGGAUGAUGGUGAAGACAAUACACUUUAUGAUAGGGGUUUUACAGAUGACCAGCUAGCACUGGUGGAGCAAAACACGUUAAUGGUCGAAGAACGGGAACGAGAAAUCCGUCAGAUUGUACAGUCUAUCUCUGAUCUCAAUGAAAUAUUUAGGGACCUGGGAGCAAUGAUAGUAGAACAGGGAACAGUUCUAGAUAGAAUUGACUACAAUGUUGAACAGUCAUGUAUCAAAACUGAAGAGGGCCUAAAACAGUUACAUAAGGCUGAGCAAUAUCAAAAGAAGAAUCGGAAGAUGCUUGUUAUUUUAAUUUUGUUYGUUUUAGUAGUUGUCCUUAUUGUUGUUCUUAUUGCUGUAAAGUCRCACUAGGUUUCACUUUUCUUAAUUUUUUGGAUUUUGUGAACUGUUUUUCCCAAUGUGAAUGGAUGGACCUGCACUCYAGAAAGCUGCCUUUGAAUGUAUAAGCCCUCGCGGUACAAAGCUUGUGCAAUGCUUCRGAAGAGCUCGUUUGGAAGGACUUUGGAAGUACAAGUUUGGUCAUCUGUGAGGUGUUUGUAAAGGCUAUAAGGAAAAUACCAGGAAUUUGGUGAUCCUCUGAAAUGGAUUAUCUGGCUCCUUAUCCAGGGGUAUUUGGAAACAUAGAACAUAAAUGUCAAUUUCAUAUUUCUUUUUGUUAAUGUGUACAGUAAGUGUGUUUUUGUGACCAAAACUGUUUUUUCAGUCAUCUUAUGUCACUGUUAUCAUGGGCUUCAAAUUUAAACCAUGUUCCUGAGUCAUGGGGCUCAAUAACACAAACAGAUCUGGAUAUAAGAUGCAUUAAAAGAAGCACAAAAAUGUUUGACUUUUGGUUCAGACUCAACGCCACCAAAAACUGGAUAGACUGCUAAAAAGGAAAGCUUUUAAAAAUGAGAACCUAAUCCAACCCUAUGAUCUUAAUUUAGAUAUUGCACCAUUACAAAGAAUCAGAAUAGUACUUAAUCUUGUAAAUAGCAAGAUCUAAUCAUUGACAUAAUGUAGCAUACUUAGUUAAUUACAAAAUUUUCUAAGCUUGAGUAAUCAUGGGAAUGUUUUCCCUCUUCAGAAAGAUGCCAUGGUGGUUUUCAUGUACAGUUUUUUUUAAUAUAGUUUACAAGCAUUACAUUGAAACAGUGAUAAAGUUGAAGCCAGAAAAUACAGGAAUUACCUUUUAGCCUGCUAUAUCAUCUGGCCUGCUAUAGCAGAUCUGGGAUAUUUCAUUCUACUGUUGUUGCAUAAGCUGUUUAUUUUACAGUACCUCUGCCCUGCCUCUGCAAGUUGGUAAACUUGCAUUAAAAAAAAACAUGACUUCACUACAGUAUAUAUUGCAUUCAUUCUUCUUGACAGAAUAUUACUUUUUCAAACCCCUACCUGGAGGAGAGCAUGUUAAUAGUCUUGUACUGACCAAGACAGCUGUUGAGCAACUGACAGGUAUUAGGCCUAAGUACAGAUUUUUUUUCUAAUAUUUCUUGCAGUUUAAAAAUUUGACUGUGGGCUGUGAAAUAAAAUAAGGAAACAUUUUAGUAAUAGAUUAUUCAUGAUUUAAUUCAGGCCUGAAGUGAUGUGCAAUUUUAGAAGGCCUUGUCUUAAUAUUUUUAGUACUUUUUUUUUUGUGGAUUGUUUUUGCUUGAAGGACUGUAAUUUUUAUUUCCUUUUGUGACGGAUACGGUAAUCCCCAUAAACUUGCAGGGUUAAUCUGCARAAGGCCUCUGAUGUAUGUACAGUUUCGUAAUAUUAAUGAUUCUGAUGUUGCAUAUGGGAAAUAAGAGUCUUGUGCCUGCCCUGAGCUGCUGUUUUUACUGUGUGUAUAUAGUGAGGAGGACCUAAGGCAGCCCGGCUCUAAGCUCAGUGCAGGAACAGACCUGACAAGUCUACAGAGACAUGAAAGCCUCAGCUUUUUGUGUGGCUUAUUGUGAAAAGCUUUGUACUCCCCUUAUUACCUCUGGACAAAGGGGGUUUUGAACUUCCAAAACUGCCAGUUCAAACCCUUGAUUGAAUUCACAGAGUAAAUUGGUAAAAGAAGGAAUGAUGCUUUAGCUGGGUGUGCAGCUUCCAURUUUUGGUAUAGAUCUUUUCAUUGAUCAUGAGUAAAACUACUGUCUCCCUGGUGUGCUGUCUACAUCUUCUGGUGUGAAGCAGCAAAUUGCUAUAAUUUAAUAUGCUGUAUUUGCAACUUUCUAACAUGAGA